AUGGAUAUAGUCAAUAAUGAACAUUACAAGGACACAGUACUGCAACUUGACACUAAUGUAGAUCAUGAAGAUUCCACGUCGUUAUUACGUCAAACUUUACUACCGUGUUAUGGACCAGAACUGCCACAUCCGUCUGAGCAUUUGCUAUUAGAUAAAAAUAUCGACAAUAGUCAAUUGGAUGAACUACUUGAUCACCAUAUCACACGUCUAUUGGCAUCGUAUUCCGUUGAUAUUAAUCGUGGCUUCUUACCUCCUGUUGAUCCAUUACCUCAGUUGUCACUUUCCAGCAAAUUUGCAUGCUGGGAAUUAAUAAUGAUGGAUCUAUCACAAUGCUUGCAUGCAAAAAAUAUUCGUUCUAUAAUUUUAUCACGUUUAAAAGUUGUACACAUUGAACAGAACGAUUUAUUGGAUGAACGUGAAUGUCAACGUGCACUAUUCGUUCUUGCCGUAUUAAGUCAUGCAUUUGUAUGGGGCGAAAAACCUAUUAGUACUUAUAUCCCGUCAUGUUUAGCUAUUCCAUGGGUAGAACUAACGAGACGGGUGUGUCGUCCACCUGUUCUAACACAUUCAUUGAUUGCCUUAACAAACUGGAAACGGUUUGAUGUUGAGAAACCGGUUGAACUGGGCAAUAUUGCUAUGUUAAAUUGUUUUCUGUCGGGUACAGACGAAGCAAAUUUUUAUUUGGUUACCAUAGAAUUAGAAUGUCGUGGAGCAAAAGCUUUAAAACAUAUGUUGCGAGCUCAAUAUUUUGCUAGUAAAGGAAAGGUCAAAGAAUUAAUAAAUGAACUGCAAACAAUUUAUAGUGUUCAAAAAGCCAUCUUCGCCACCCUAUUAAAGAUGUACGAUGAAGUUGAUCCGUACAUUUUUUAUAAUCGAGUACGACAUUUUCUAGCUGGUUGGAAAGGGAACCCUUUGUUACCCGAUGGUAUGCUUUAUGAAGGUGUCAGUGAGACGCGACAAUUCUUACACGGUGCAUCAGCAGCUCAAUCUUCAUUGAUAGCAGCGUUCGAUGUUUUCUUCGAUGUUAAACAUGACAGAGAACAGACACGUGAAUUUAUCAGUGAAAUGCGUUUUUACAUGCCACCGAAGCAUCGUCAAUUUCUAGAAAUGUUAGGUGCCGAUAAUUACAAUAUAAGUGGUUUUGUGAAGAAGCUAACAUCAUUUGAAGAAGAACAACAUGAAAGUGAACUUCUUUAUGCUUACAAUGCUUGCAUUGAUCAACUGAUAGAAUUCAGAAAUAAACAUAUACAAAUUGUAGCACUCUAUAUUUUAGCACAGAUACGGAAGAACGAUGAUGAUGCUCAGUUAGAAUCCAAGAAAGCAGGUGAAACAACAUCGUCAGCUCGCGGUACUGGCGGUACAAUAUUGAUGCCUUUUCUGAAGACAUGUCGAGAUGAGACAAUCGUACAACGGCUCAAUUAA